UUUAGAUACUUCCCAAUCAAUGUCUGUGGUGAAGAAACAGAAGAUAGCCAACAAUUUGGCAUUGCUGAAAGUAUCUGACGAUGUUGACAGCGGUAAGAUACUCUACAACCGAGCAGUGGUACUCGAGGGCCACCAAGGACCGGUGUACUCUGCUGCCAUCAAUCUGGAGUUGAUCGUUUCUGGAGGUGAUGAUAAGACCAUCAACAUAUGGAAACUUCCUACUGACGACAACGACGUCAACUUGGGAUGCAUACGAGGCCACAAGGCGGCUGUUACGUCGGUAUGCUGGAUGAACGGCAAUAUAGUAAGUGGCAGUGCCGACUCUACGAUGGCUAUAUGGGAUGGAGAAACGGGGCAGAAAAUAAGAAACUAUAGGAACAGUACCAUAAUCAACCAGGUUCGCCUGGGGAAUAUUUUUUUUUCCGGAAUUGACCCAACUAUUCAAGCAUACGAUACCAGAGCCACCGACAAACUGCUUUGGACGACAUCCAGUACAAUUGACUCGAUCACUUCGUUGGAUAUCAACAAUGAUAAUUCGAUGCUUGUGUCUCGCUCUACUCGCGGAGCUGUAAGCACCUAUAAUGCCAAAGAAUUUCUACCUGAAAACGUUUCACGGUCUAGCCCCUACGUCUACGAUGGUGCUCCAUCGGGUAACGAGUACAAAUUGAUACGUGCUUGUUUCAGUGGUGAUAGUUCACGUAUUGCGUCAGGUUCUGAUGAUAAAACUGUUACCGUGUGGGACGUCGUAACCAGAAGAAUUCUUAAUAAGUUUGAAGGUCAUGAGGCCUCAACCCUUGAUGUGACAUUCCAUCCUUCGGAGAACAUAGUGAUUUCGACGUCAUUGGACGGCACUUUAAUCGUCAGGGAGUUAUAAGACUCCCUUCAUUGUAACAUUAAUACAUAAGUCAUACUAAAAUCUGACGCUUUUUCUUGCAGGACGUUCUUUCUUAACCUUUGGGGCCUCAACCUCUUGCGCAUCCUGCUCGCUGGCCAUGUUCUUUAUGAACUGGUCUUUCAUGUACUCUUUGGUGAUCUUUUGGUUCUUGAGCGAAUUGAGCUUACUGAGAUUGUCUGAGUUGAAAGCAAACACUUUCCAGUUUCUAGUCAUAAUGCCAUUCACAUCCACUACAGUAUCCUCAUGUUGGUUUAAUCCAGAUGGGUCAUCGAGUUCUUGCCUUGUAACAAAUGAGCGUGGUGAAUUUGUCGGUGCCGAAAAUGGUGCAUAUUCAGUUUCUGAGUCCAUAGGCAAGAAA